CUCUGUCCUCCCCCAGGACCGGAGAGGGAGGGAGGACACAGAAAGAGAGAGAGAGAGCGAGAGAGAGAGACUCAGAGAGUUUAAUUAGUGACGAGAAAGAAGAAGCAGCAGCAGGAGACAGUUGAACAGUUAUAGUUCUGCUUCAGGUCACUGUCUCAGGCCUCAGAGACACAGAUCUGGUUUUAAAGCAGGUCACUGAGGAUUUAAAUCAGCUGCUGACGACCUAGCUGGACUCUGGACUCUGUCUGGACUCUGGUCUCUGGUCUCAACUGGACUCUGGUAUCUGUCUGGUCCUAGUCUCAGCUGGACCCUGGACUCUGUCAGGACUCUGGUCUUUGUCAGCUUCUGGUCUCUGGUCUCAGCUGGACUCUGGUCUCUGUCUGGUCCUGGUCUCUGGUCUCAGCUGGACUCUGGACUCUGUCUGGACACUGGUUUUGGUCCUUGUCUAAGUUUCCUCGGACGGCGAAACCCCCCCCACGAGGCUUGAGCCUGGGAAGCAUGUUGCCAUCGGGAUGGCUCGUGAGGACGCGGUGAGAUGUCUGAGGUGUCUGCUCUACGCACUCAACGUGCUCUUCUGGCUGAUGUCAGCGUGUGUGUUGGGAGUGGCCGCGUGGAUCCGAGACUCUCUGAACACCGUCCUGACGCUGACGGCUCACACCAGGCUGGAGGAAGCGGCCGUCCUCACGUACUCUCCAGCUGUUCAUCCCGUCAUCAUCGCCGUGUGCUGCUUCCUCAUCAUCGUGGCGAUGGUGGGAUACUGUGGAGCGCUCAGGUGUAACCUGCUGCUGCUCUCCUGGUACCUGUGCAGUCUGCUGCUGAUCUUCUGCGUUGAGCUGGCCAGCGCCGUGUGGACGUAUGACCAGCCAUCAGUGCAGCGCUCUGAUAUGAUCAGCCUCAAGUCUCGGAUGUCAAACUACGGCCUGCAGAGAUACCAGUGGCUCACACACACCUGGAACAGCUUCCAGACACAGUUUAAAUGCUGCGGAGUGAUGUACUUCACUGAUUGGCUGGAGAUGACAGAGCUGGAGUGGCCUCCUGACUCCUGCUGCUCCAAUCAGUAUCCAGGCUGCGCUCGCCACGCCCACUACCACGACCUGAGUGACCUCUACCAAGAGGGCUGUGGUCCAAAGAUCUACGCUUUCAUUCGUGGGACGAAGCAGUUGCAGGCGUUGCGUUUCCUGGGCGUGUCCAUCGGCGUGGCUCAGAUCCUUGCCAUGGCGCUCACCCUCACGCUGCUCUGGGCGCUUUACUAUGGACGAAAGUCUCCAGACCUGGACUCCAUGGCACCCCCGAUGGACUCCGCCCCCGACUCUGUGACGCAUGGAGCCUCAGGUUCAGGCACUAACCAGACUAACAUGUGCGCUGCCUCCACGCCGAAGGAACACCAGUUUGAGAUGGAGUGCCUGUCGUAGCCGUGGGGACAAGCAGGACGUUCUCCAGGUUCAUGUCUGAGACGUGUAAACAUGUGACAUCAUCAGAGGACCAAACAGAAACUGAGGAAAACAUGACGUGGAAAAAAAACGUAAAAAACGAUGAGAAAUUAAAUAGCAGUGAAAUUUCAAGUCAGGAACACGUUGUGAAGACGUCAAGCACACGUCAGGAACACGUCAGGAACACGUCAGGAACACGUCAGGAACACGUCAGGCACACGUCAGGCACACGUCAGGAACACGUCAGGAACACGCUGUGAAGACGUCAGGCACACGUCAGGCACACAUCAGGAACACGUCAGGAACACGCUGUGAAGACAUCAGGAACACGUUGUGAAGACGUCAAGCACACGUCAGGAACACGUCAGGAACACGUCAGGAACACGUCAGGAACACGUCAGGCACACGUCAGGCACACGUCAGGCACACGUCAGGAACACGCUGUGAAGACGUCAGGCACACGUCAGGCACACAUCAGGAACACGUCAGGAACACGCUGUGAAGACAUCAGGAACACGUUGUGAAGACGUCAAGCACACGUCAGGAACACGUCAGGAACACGUCAGGCACACGUCAGGAACACGUCAGGAACACGUUGUGAAGACGACAAGCACACGUCAGGAACACGUCAGGAACACGUCAGGAACACGUCAGGAACACGUUGUGAAGACAUCAGGAACACGUCAGGAACACGUCAGGAACACGUUGUGAAGACGUCAGGCACACGUCAGGCACACGUCAGGAACACGUCAGGAACACGUCAGGCACACGUCAGGAACACAUCAGGAACACGUCAGGAACACGUUGUGAAGACGUCAGGCACACGUCAGGCACACGUCAGGAACACGUCAGGAACACGUUGUGAAGACGUCAGGCACACGUCAGGAACACGUCAGGAACACGUUGUGAAGACGUCAGGCACACGUCAGGAACACGUCAGGAACACGUCAGGCACACGUCAGGAACACAUCAGGAACACGUCAGGAACACGUUGUGAAGACGUCAGGCACACGUCAGGAACACGUCAGGAACACGUCAGGCACACGUCAGGAACACAUCAGGAACACGUCAGGAACACGUUGUGAAGACGUCAAGCACACGUCAGGAACACGUAAGGAACACGUCAGGAACACGUCAGGAACACGUCAGGAACACGUUGUGAAGACAUCAGGAACACGUCAGGAACACGUCAGGAACACGUUGUGAAGACGACAAGCACACGUCAGGAACACGUCAGGAACACGUCAGGAACACGUCAGGAACACAUUGUGAAGACAUCAGGAACACGUCAGGAACACGUCAGGAACAUGUUGUGAAGACGUCAGGCACACGUCAGGAACACGUUGUGAAGACGUCAAGCACACGUCAGGAACACGUAAGGAACACGUCAGGAACACGUCAGGAACACGUCAGGAACACGUUGUGAAGACAUCAGGAACACGUCAGGAACACGUCAGGAACACGUUGUGAAGACGACAAGCACACGUCAGGAACACGUCAGGAACACGUCAGGAACACGUCAGGAACACAUUGUGAAGACAUCAGGAACACGUCAGGAACACGUCAGGAACAUGUUGUGAAGACGUCAGGCACACGUCAGGAACACGUUGUGAAGACGUCAGGCACACGUCAGGCACACGUCAGGAACACGUCAGGAACACGUCAGGCACACGUCAGGAACACGUCAGGAACACGUCAGGAACACGUUGUGAAGACGUCAGGCACACGUCAGGCACACGUCAGGAACACGUCAGGAACACGUUGUGAAGACGUCAGGCACACGUCAGGCACACAUCAGGAACACGUCAGGAACACGCUGUGAAGACAUCAGGAACACGUUGUGAAGACAUCAGGAACACGUCAGGAACACGUCAGGCACACGUCAGGAACACGUCAGGAACACGUUGUGAAGACGUCAGGCACACGUCAGGAACACGUCAGGAACACGUUGUGAAGACGUCAGGCACACGUCAGGCACACGUCAGGAACACGUCAGGAACACGUCAGGCACACGUCAGGAACACGUCAGGAACACGUCAGGAACACGUCAGGAACACGUCAGGCACACGUCAGGCACACGUCAGGAACACGUCAGGAACACGCUGUGAAGACAUCAGGAACACGUUGUGAAGACAUCAGGAACACGUCAGGAACACGUCAGGCACACGUCAGGCACACAUCAGGAACACGUCAGGAACACGCUGUGAAGACAUCAGGAACACGUUGUGAAGACAUCAGGAACACGUCAGGAACACGUCAGGCACACGUCAGGAACACGUCAGGAACACGUUGUGAAGACGUCAGGCACACGUCAGGAACACGUCAGGAACACGUCAGGAACACGUUGUGAAGACGUCAGGCACACGUCAGGCACACGUCAGGAACACGUCAGGAACACGUCAGGCACACGUCAGGAACACGUCAGGAACACGUUGUGAAGACGUCAGGCACACGUCAGGCACACGUCAGGAACACGUCAGGAACACGCUGUGAAGACAUCAGGAACACGUCAGGAACACGUCAGGCACACGUCAGGAACACGUCAGGAACACGUUGUGAAGACGUCAGGCACACGUCAGGCACACAUCAGGAACACGCUGGAACACGUCAGGAACACGCUGGAACAAAGACAGAAACAUAGACCCUUUAAAGUGAACCUGAGCUGAUUCGUAGGAACCAGGAAAGAUGGUGGCUCCUUACUGAACAUGAACAUGAAACUUGAUGGAACCACCACUGUUCUCAAGACGUUCUCUAGAACCUGAGCUGUUCCCAAGACGUUCUCUAGAACCUGAGUUCUUCCCAAGACGUUCUCUAGAACCUGAGCUGUUCCCAUGUGAGGGAUCAGCAGAUUUGUGUUUUAUAUGAGAACAUGUGUGAUGUUGAUGUUUCAUACUUUUGUGUCUGAUUCAUUUUUCUCACUGGAAAAUAAAACAAGGUUUGAAAGUU